AUGUCCCAGGCAUUGCUCCUGUGUGCCCUUUAUUUCACCUAUACGGUUGACCCCCUGAUGGCUUGGCGACUCGUUCACAUGGCUUCAACGAGUAUCCAGCAAGUUUUGAACCAAUGUCAAGACUUCUCGUCCAAGGAUACACAGGUCCAAACCCUCACACGACUGAGUUGGGUAUCCUUCAUUUUGGAGAGUGAUAUCCUGGCCGAGUUUAACCAACCAAGAAGCGGAAUCGAACUUCUUGUCGACAAACUGCCGUUCCCGAAUUACGGAGGCCCUGCCUGCCCCAGUCAUCUCUAUGUCCUCGCCGAAAUUUCAGCCAGACUAUUGCUGAACCGCAUUCACCACAGUCUCUUUUUCACGGAUAAUCUGACCAUUUACACGGGAGGCAACCCGAGUGCCUCAGGUCAGGACCAAUCAUCCAUACUACACCCAGAUGCAUCACUGGUUAGAGUCUGCAGUGAACUUGACCACCAACUUGAAACCUGGUACAAUUCACUCCCCGAGAUCAUCAAGCCGAACCUUGGGGGCUCUCCAAGCGGUGACAAACUUGCAUCUCUUUUGAGGCUGCGUUACUGGUCUGCUAAACAAGUCAUCUUUCGAGCAUUUGUGAUCCACGUCACAUCCAUGGAUGACGAGGUUGCUGACCAAGUUCCUCCUUCAGUGUUGGAGAUGUGUCAAGUUUGCUUAAAUGCCAGUCGCCUGUUCAUCAUGACUGCAGAGUAUAUACUCUCCCAUCGAACACCGUACACAUACAGCGUCGCUCAGUGCCUCACACUCUCUAUUGCGACACGUUCAAACGUGUUACUCGAGUUCAUCGGCAGUGAUAUUUACAACCUCCUGCAUCAGACGAUAAAGCUUCUAGAACCAUGGAGCGAAGACUGUCCUAGCAUCAGGUCUGCGCUUCAUAUGGUGCAAUUGGUAGAGCUUCGACUGAGUCAAUACUAUUAA